UCCUGACCGCGCCAUGACCGUGUCCAAUCGGCGGGUAAAACGACCCCGCCAUAAAACCCUCUGCCUCCCUCCCUCCACCAUUCUUCGCGCCUUUCUUCUUCUCUGGCUCGUUGAACCUUCUCGUAAAUCCGGUCCCAUAAACCCAAGACCUCUCGAUCGACCAGUCGGUGUUCGAUCACUGAGAGGAGCAACAGCAAUCCUAGAACUUCAUUAAUCCACUUCCCAUUGCCCAGUGACCGAUCUCCAAAUCCCUAACCUUUCGUUUACGAUCUCUGUCGAGUUCGGGAGGAUGUGGUUUAGGGUUUACGCUAGGCUCGGGCACUUCCCGAACCAUUUCUAUCCUCGCGACCUUCGUGCAAGAAAGCCGAUCAAUGGCUUCGGGAGGAGAACCGUCACAAGCCGCGCGUCGUUCCAAACUGGAAGUGAACCCGAAGGGAAUUCUUUUCUUAUUCCUGGUGCAACGGUGGCCACCAUAGUGAUGCUUGGUCUUCUGCAUGCAAGGCGUCUUUAUGACGACAAGAAGAUGGAGGAGGCAAGAGAGAAAGGCGUUGACUUGGAGUUCUCCCCUGAUGUAAAAGCUGCUUUUUUGAGGUUGCUGCCCUUACGGACCAUUUCCCGCCUUUGGGGUCUCCUCACAAGUACAGAAAUACCAAUACCUUUUCGAUCGUUGGUAUACAAAAGCUGGGCUCGAGCAUUUCAUACAAAUCUUGAAGAAGUUGGUUUACCGUUGGAGGAAUAUGCUUCAUUACAAGAGUUUUUUAUACACUCUCUUAAAGAAGGCUCACGGCCUAUUGACCCUGAUCCAAAUUGUCUGGUUAGUCCUGUUGAUGGAAUAAUAUUGAGAUUUGGAGAGUUGCAAGAACCUGGAGAUAUGAUUGAGCAAGUGAAGGGAUUUUCCUAUUCUGCUUCUUCUCUUCUUGGCACAAAUCUUUCCUUUCCUCUUCUGGCUGCUGAUGAUGAAUAUGGAAAACAUAAUACUGCGGAAAACCGACAGAGUGCUAGUCCAGAAAAAAAUUCAUGGUGGCGAAUCUCACUGGCAUCACCUAGAGUUCGUGGUCCUGAUGUACUGAGUCCAGUGAAGGGGAUAUUUUACUGUGUCAUAUAUUUAAAGCCUGGAUACUACCAUCGUGUACACUCACCUGUUGAUUGGAAUGUGCUUCUUCGUCGCCAUUUCUCUGGUAAUCUUUUCCCUUUGAAUGAGCGCGCUACAAGAACAAUAAGAAACCUGCAUGUUGAGAAUGAAAGGGUUGUCCUGGAAGGUCAAUGGUUGGAAGGCUUUAUGGCCUUGGUAGCAAUUGGUGCGACAAAUGUUGGAUCUGUUAAGCUUUUCAUUGAGCCGGAGCUGAAAACCAACAGGCCAAGGAAGUUAUUGCAUACUGAGCCCCCUACUGAUCGCUUUUAUGAACCCAAAGGCACAGGAUUGUUACUGAAGAAGGGCGACGAGGUGGCAGCCUUCAGAAUGGGAUCUACAGUAGUUCUUAUCUUCCAAGCUGCUAGAUCAAGAUCUGAAGAUGGAGGGGCAUCUUCCGAGUUUAGGUUCUGCAUUAAUAGAGGCGAGAGGAUUCGUGUAGGUCAAGCCAUAGGAAGGUUGCACGGUUCUUCCUGAUUGCGGGGGACUGAUUUUUUUUGGUCUAUUGUGCAACCUCUCCUGAUUGUCCCGGUUUUUCAUGGUUUAGUUUGAUGUCUAUAGCGGUUCUGCUAAUUUUUAUGCGGAAACUCAAAUUGCUGAUUACGUGUAUAUCAGCGUCACUAAGAACGAUUUUUGAAUUGAAGUGGGCUUUCAAAAAGACUCACGAGUUGGCUAAACUGGUAUCACAUCCGAUUCGAUUGUUUUUCUUUUGCUCAAAAA